UAAGAUUAUUGAAUGAAAACGAAACAUGAUUGACAUAAAUAUAACCUCGUAAAACAUAUAUGAACUUCUAAAAUGAUUCGAAUAUAUAAUUAUAUCAAACUAAAAUAUAAUAAUAAUAUAUUCCGAUUGUUUAGCGUUAAGGUAUCUUCUAACCUAAAAAGUCCUGCACAAGUUGACUUAAUUGGACCGCCUGAUCCAGUUUCAAAUUUAAGACCUAUUAUUUUCGCGAAAUCUGAAAAUGAAAGUAAAUUAGAAAAGAAAUUUAGAGAAGCUAGGGAAGAUACACAGAUUUGGAAUCAAAAUUUUUGGCGGGAACAUAAUAACAAUUUCAUUGAGGAACGCAGACAAUUUCAAGAAACUCUUAAAGCUCAAGGAAAAACAUCGAUUACGGCAGAUGAUAUGUCAAUAUUUUAUAAAGAAUUUUUAGAUAAAAAUUGGCGCAUGCAUUUAAAUUAUAACAUUGAUUGGUAUAAGAGAAACGUUAAAUUAUUGUUCCUUGAGAUUAGAGUAAGAAUAUCUAAAUUAAAAUUUAGAUAAUUAACAAUGUUGAUUCAACAUCGUAUAUUGUACAUAUUUACAAUGUAAGUCCAUAUUUAUGCUUUAUAUGUAAGUUGUCAAAAAUAGAAUAUAUAUAUUAUGAAAUACAUAAA